GCAGCUCCAUGCACUGUUUUCAUAUCAGGUGUUGUGGGAAAUUGUUGUUGUUGUCGCAGAACCGCUGAACUUCCGACCUUUGUACAACUUGGCUCGAAAGUAAAUCCGAAGGCAUAACAGUUUUUUUUUAUCAAAACUAUCAACACUGGAUAUUGCGCGCAAACCAAGGGGAUUUUAAAAUUCCCAAAGGUAUCGGGACACUAUUGGAAAACAAAGGAAAAACCGGUUGCCAGGGAAAUUGGACAACUCAUCGCGUGUGGAAACCACAAAAACAGUUUGGUCAUCAUUUGGGGCUGAUUGAUUUUUGAAAACGCCAACGAAACUGUGCCACGCCAACAUGCAAGAGGCCUACGUCAACAUUAACUCCAUACCCACCCACAUCUUUACCUGGGGCAGGUGGAUUGAGGAGACGAUAACAGAGAAGGAGAUUGUCAUUUGCAUAACAGGCAAUCCAGGAUUACCCGGUUUUUAUACAGAGUUUGCCGGCACUCUCCAAAAGGAGCUGGGUGAUUUGCCCGUGUGGGUAAUAGGUCACGCUGGUCAUGAUGAUCCUCCGGAGGCCAGUAUUCGGGAGGUGCCCCAGCUCAGCGGGAAUGAAGAGCUCUUUAAUUUGGAUGGCCAAAUCCGACACAAAAUUGCCUUUAUCGAAAAGUACGUGCCCAGCGAUGUGAAGAUCCACUUGAUUGGUCACUCCAUUGGUGCUUGGAUGAUCCUGCAGCUGCUGGAAAAUGAGAAGAUACGAAAUCGCAUCCAAAAGUGCUACCUGCUAUUCCCCACCAUUGAACGCAUGAUAGAGUCCCCCAAUGGAUGGGUAUUCACAAAGAUCGCCAUGCCCUUAUAUUCCGUCUUUGGAUACAUUUUCUUCACGUUCUUCAGCGCCCUGCCCGUCUGGUUGCGCCUCCUGUUUAUACAGAUCUAUUUUCUGAUUUUUUCCAUUCCACGGCAUUUUCUGGGAACGGCCUUGAAGUAUUCCAAGCCCUCGGUGGCAGAAAAGGUGGUCUUCCUGGCCGAUGAUGAAAUGGCCAGGGUUCGCGGCGUACAAAGGGAAAUUGUGGAACAGAAUCUGGAUGUCCUGAAAUUGUACUACGGCACCACUGAUGGUUGGGUUCCGGUCUCCUACUACGAACAGCUGAAAAAGGAUUAUCCCAAGAUAGACGCCACGUUGGAUGAUCAAAAGAUCGCCCACGCCUUUGUCCUGAGGCACUCCAAGCCCAUGGCGAUAGUUGUCCGGGACAUGAUUCAAAAGCAUAGACGGGGAUAAGCCCAUGAUCCACUCCUAGCAAAAUUUUAUCUUGAGUGAGGCGUAGACUAUCAAAUCUUUUCCCAUUUCCCAAGCUCUUUAAAAUUAGAUUUCUUCCUAUUUGGUUAAAGCUCUCUAUCUCUAUUGGUAAUCUUCAUAGAUCUGAUCUGAGUUUCCUGUUUGGGAUUGGGAAUCGAUUUUUAUAAAACACUCGUAGCACAUCUUUUAUUGUCUUUAUGUGGCAAUUUGUUUUUAUUUUUUAUUAUUAUUCCUUUGCAUUUCUCGAAGAAACUAUAAAUAUAGUCAAAAGUAAUUUAA